AAAACAAUUUAAAAAAGAAAGAAGCUUAUUUUUUAAAAUGCAAUGGGUACCAAAUAGGAUAAAUAGGAAUGCCUUAAGGCUUAAGCUAUUACUUUUGCAGCCUAUGAGCAUGGUGUUGCCUGGGGUGGUGGUAUUCAAGUUGAAAGGAAAACUGAAAGAUGGUGUGACAGCCACUGACUUGGUCUUGACAGUAACUCAAAUGCUCAGAAAACAUGGGGUUGUUGGAAAAUUUGUAGAGUUCUAUGGGGAAGGCAUGAGUGAAAUUUCUUUAGCAGACAGAGCCACCAUUGCUAAUAUGUCUCCCGAUUAUGGUGCAACAAUGGGUUCCUUUCCUGUGGAUCAUGUCACCUUGCAGUAUCUGAAACUCACUGGCAGAACUGAUGAAACUGUUUGUAUGAUAGAGUUUUACUUGAGGGCUAAUAAGAUGUUUGUGGACUAUAAUGAGCAACUGGAAGAGAGAGUUUACUCCUCUCAUCUAGAGCUCAAUCUUGAGGACGUCGAACCAUGUGUUUCGGGCCCUAAAAGGCCACAUGAUCGGGUCCCUUUAAGAGAAAUGAAAGAAGAUUGGAAUUCAUGUCUAAACAACAGGGUUGGAUUUAAGAGCUUUGCCAUACCAAAGGAAUCACAAACUAAAGUUGUGGAGUUCAGUUUUCAUGGAAAACCAGCUGCGCUUAGGCAUGGUGAUGUUGUAAUAGCAGCUAUUACCAGCUGCACCAAUACCUCCAAUCCUAGUAUAAUGCUUGGAGCUGCUUUGGUUGCUAAGAAAGCUUGUGAACUUGGUUUAGAGGUUAAGCCUUGGAUAAAGACCAGUCUUGCUCCAGGUUCAAAGGUGGUAACCAAAUACUUGCAAAAGAGGUGCGCACCAUUAGACUCUCCUAAUGCACUCCUGAUGUUAGAUGAGAAUGGAUUGCAGAAGUAUUUAGAUCAGCUGGGGUUCAAUACUGUUGAGUAUGGAUGCACAACAUGCAUUGGUAAUUCAGGCGAUCUUGAUGAAGAAGUAGCAUCUGCAAUUACAGAAAAUGAUAUUGUAGCAGCGGCUGUUCUGUCUGGAAACAGGAACUUCGAGGGCCGUGUACACCCUUUAACAAGGGCCAAUUAUCUUGCCUCUCCUCCUCUUGUGGUCGCCUAUGCUCUUGCUGGCACGGUGCACAUUGAUUUUGAAAAUGAACCUAUUGGAGUUGGAAAGGAAGAGAAGAAGAUAUUUCUCAGGGAUAUUUGGCCAUCAAGUGUAGAAACAACACGUGUUGUAGAAUCAAACGUCUUGCCUGAUACGUUUUGGGAAGUAUAUGAAGCAAUCGACAAAGGCAAUUCAACGUGGAAUCAAUUAACUGUACCUUCUGGAACUUUGUACGAUUGGGACCCAUCAUCGACUUAUACACAAGAGCCUCCUUUCUUCAAAGACAUGACCAUGUGUCCUCCUGGACCCCAUGCUGUGAAGGAUGCUUACUGUUUGCUCAGCUUUGAAGACAGCAUCACAACGGACCAUAUCUCACCAUCUGGUAGCAUCCACAAAGACAGCACAGCUGCCAGAUACCUAAUGGAUCACGGGGUUAAUCGAAAAGACUUCCAUUCUUAUGGAAGUCGUCGUGGCAACCACGAGGUGAUGAUCCGUGGUACUUUUGCCAAUAUAAGACUUGUCAACAAGCUAUUGGAUGGAGAAGUUGGACCUAGAACUAUUCAAUUUCCUACUGGAGAUAAACUUUCCGUCUUUGAUGCUGCCGUGAGAUACAGGAGUGAGGGUCAUGAUACUAUUAUCCUUGCUGGAGCUGAGUAUGGAAGUGGGAGUUCCCGAGAUUGGGCUGCUAAGGGACCAAUGCUUCUCGGAGUAAAAGCAGUGAUUGCUAAAAGCUUUGAGCAUACACAUCGUAGUAAUUUGGUGGGAAUGGGCAUAAUCCCUAUCUGCUUUAAGCAAGGAGAGGAUGCAGAAUCUCUUGGACUGACUGGCCGCGAACGCUAUAGUGUUAAAAUUCCAAAUAACAUCAAGGAUCUCAGACCAUGUCAAGAUAUUACUGUGAUGGCAGCAGCUGAAAAUAGGAAGUCCUUUCAGUGCACACUUAGAUUUGAUACAGAGGUCGAACUCACUUAUUUUGAUCAUGGAGGAAUUCUACACUACGUGAUCAGAAAUUUGAUCAGCACACGAGAAUAAGUCAAUAACAAGGCCGGGUUGGAUGAUCAAAUAAUCUGAAUGUAGAAUAUUUCCCGGAGAGCAUUCCUCUUCUUAUUCUAUAUAGUAACAAUCAGGUCAGGUCUCCACAUUUCUACAAUAGAAUUACAAGCAUCCAGCAUAUGAACAAAUUUUCUUUCGUUUUCCUGCUUAUGUGUAUGUUAAGAGUAUUGGAAAGGAUGGUAAAAUUGAAAGAAGACAAGUGAGAUACCUGUCAAUGCCUGCCCUGUCCAGUGUCUGGAAAAGAAAAAGAGGAGCCCUCCCCUUCCUCUUGAUUUGCGUCCUUGCUUUUUGACAUUGAUCAAAUGCAAAAAUGAAUCUCUUCCAGCCUACGGUUAGUUGUUGAUAUGAUCGAAAGUGAUUAGCUACUUAGAGGUAACGGUAAAGUUGAACUUGCCGGUGCAAGAGCUAGUAAGGGUGAGGCAGCUAUCGGGAUUGCAUUUAAUUUGGCAGUUCAUCAUCUAAUUAUGCAGAUGUUUAAGAAACAAUUGGUCUGUCAACUACAUCUGUAAUAGUUCAUGUCAGCUUUGAGUAGCAGGAUUCGAAGUAAGAAUUAGUCCAGCUACAGGAGCUUGAUGACAAACAUUUAACUGAAUUUCACUUGCUUAAGUCAUGCUCAGACAUUUCUUUUAUUAGAGAUUAGAAAAAA